AUGACCAUCGAUCCUCGCUACUCCCGGACUCGGAAUGUGGACCACGAUGGCAUCGACCGUGUCGUCAACCCUGCCUUCAAGAUUGCCUAUGGUACCGCCGGAUUUCGUGAUCGGGCCGAGACGCUGCCUUUCGUCAUGUUCCGAGUCGGAUUCUUGGCUGCGCUACGUGCAAAGAAAUUCAACAAGACUGUUGGUGUGAUGAUCACGGCCUCACAUAACCCUGCCUGCGACAAUGGCGUCAAAAUCGUGGAUCCUCUGGGCGAGAUGAUGGAAGUAGCUUGGGAGGUAUAUGCCACGGAUCUCGCUAACACCUCUGACGAGGCGCUUCUCGCGAAAAUGGAAGAACUCAAGGCACUGGCUCCAAGUGAGCGUCAAGAAAAGGCGGCGGUAGUAUGUGCGGUGGACACGCGUCCCUCUGGGAUCCACCUUGCCUCUUGCGUCGCUUCUGGCGUCUCGUUGUUGGAUGUGGAUUACGAAUUCUUAGACCAACUUACCACGCCGCAGCUCCAUUAUGCCGUCCGCGUCGCCAACGACCCUGAUUAUGGUCCAGCCGGGCCCGGUGGAUAUGAACGCCGUUUCAAGGAAGCUUAUUAUCAACUGAAAGAGUUGAUACCUAAGGCCAAACCAUCGAUCCUCAAACUCGACUGUGCCAACGGCAUGGGUGCCCCGAAGGCCCGGGAACUCUUCGCUGCAAUUAACGACCCGGACCUCAGCGUGGAAUUUCUGAACGAGAAGGGCGAAUUAAACCAUGAGUGCGGCGCCGAUUUUGUCAAAAUUUCGAAGCUGCUGCCACGAGCUUUUGGCGAUGUGGCUCCGGACGUGCGCUGUGCAUCGCUGGACGGCGACGCCGAUCGCCUGAUUUAUUUCAGAGCAAGCGACAGCCAGCGUCUCGAUGCCAGCGAGAUUGGUGUUACAUUGCUGGAUGGCGACAAGAUUGCGACACUUUUCUCGAGAUUUUUGAUCGAGCAAUUACGCGAAGCCGGGCUUUUUGGACAGCUGACCGUCGGGGUCGUGCAGACGGCGUACGCAAACGGAGCAUCUACCGCCUACAUCCGGGACGUUUUGGGUGUCACCCCCGUUUUCGUGCCAACCGGUGUGAAACAUCUGCAUCACGAGGCGGUCAAGUACGACAUCGGCGUCUACUUUGAAGCCAAUGGCCAUGGGACUGUCUGCUUCUCGGACAAAUUCAAGGAGACCGUCAAGGAGCGAAAGGACGAGAACGUGGCGACAGCCCGCCUGCGAUAUUUCUCGCGGGUGGUCAACGAGAUUGUCGGAGAUGCGCUGGCUGACCUGUUGGCCGUCGAGCUGCUGUUGAUGUACUAUGGGUGGAACGUCGUUGACUGGGACCAAGACCUCUACAAGGACGCGCCAAAUGUGCAGAAGAAAGUUCCGGUGUUGGACCGUUCAAUCUACAGCACUACUUGGGACGAGACGCGACUACUCACACCGAUCGCCUUACAAAACACCAUCGAUGCCACCGUGAAAGAGCACGGAGCCAUUCGCGCUUUUGUCAGGCCAUCGGGGACCGAGAACAUUGUCCGCGUCUACGUAGAAGCACAUACCGCCGAGGUGGCCGAGAAGAUCGCAUCCGUGCUGGCCUCUUUCAUCACUGGUCAAUCACCGCGU